AUUAAACUGCGCUUUAAAAAUCCCUCAACGAACAUCUCUGUCUUCCUCGUUAAACGUGUUUGGUUUUCCAUGACUUAAAGGCUGUACCCCUGUUCCUUCAGGGGGCGUGGUCUGCAUGUUGAUACUGAGUCAGCCGAGGCGUGCCAGCACGCACGUGCUCCCAGCGGAACUGCUGCGGAUUUACCGGAUGCCAGGAAGUCUCGCGCACGUUGCCUCGCGCCUUAUCACGGAACUCCGUUAACAGAUACUUUGCGGAGUCAAAAGCUCGGACGAACCGUCGCUCGCUCGCUUUCUUCGACGGGCAGAACCCCGCGAGCCGUUUCCCUCUCCGCCAAUCAGCGCGCCUCGGAGCGGCAACAAAAGCCACGCCCUCUGUUCUCUGCGCGAGCUGGAACAUUUUGUUUAUGACUCCAAAAUAGUUGUUGCAGCGGCAUCACUUUCCGUGCGGCGCCCUAACGUUUAACGGCAGCGAACACGGCCAGGCAGGCGAAGACACGUCGAACUUCAACAGUCACGAGCUUAAGUAAUGACAGAAAAACACGGCCUCGCUUCGUGCUUUCGCUCGAUAAAAAAGAAGUUAUGGAUAUUUGCCACGGAAAGAAGAGAAGAAGAAAGGUAGGCGGCGGCAGCCGCACCGUGACCGCGAGGAUGAAGCGGGAAGCGGCCAGAGUCCUCCGCUCUCUCGCGGCGAAGAACAACGGCCGCAUGGAGGACGAGGACGACGACGACGGCUUCGCCAUCGGCUUCCUCCGCUCCGGGGCCUCUCUGGUCGGCUCCCCGCGGUACAGCCUGCUGCGGGAGGUGGGUCGCGGAAGCUACGGGGUGGUGUACGAGGCCGUGGCCCGGAAAACGGGGGCCAGAGUUGCUGUGAAGAGGCUCCAGUGCGACGCCCCGGAAAACGUAGAACUAGCUCUGGCCGAGUUUUGGGCCCUAACUAGCUUGGAGAACCGGCACCAGAACGUGGUCCAGCUGGAGGAGUGCGUGCUGCAGAGGAACGGCCUGGCCCAGAAGAUGAGCCACGGAAACAAAAGGUCCCGGCAGUACCUGCGCCUGGUGGAGAUGUCCCUCAAAGGAGAGCGCGUCCUUGGUUACCCGGAGGAGCCAUGUUACCUCUGGUUCGUCAUGGAGUUUUGCGAGGCCGGAGACCUCAACCAGUACAUCUUGUCUCGGCGGCCCGACCCUCAGACCAACAAGAGCUUCAUGCGUCAGUUGACAAGUGCUAUUGCUUUCCUGCACAAGAACAACAUCGUCCACCGAGACCUGAAACCAGACAACAUUCUUAUCUCACAGAAGUCGGGUACUCCUGUGCUCAAAGUCGCCGACUUUGGCCUCAGUAAAGUUUGCGCUGGCUUGAACACCAAGAGCAAUGAGGAACACCCCAUGGUAGUGUCUGGCAGCAAAGGAAGCAACCAGAACAACACUGUCAACAUCAACAAGUUCUGGUUGUCCUCAGCUUGUGGGUCAGACUUUUACAUGGCUCCUGAAGUUUGGGAGGGUCACUACACGGCUAAGGCGGACAUUUUUGCCCUAGGUAUCAUUAUCUGGGCCAUGAUAGAGCGGAUUACUUUCAUCGAUGCGGAGUCAAAGCGUGAACUGCUGGGCACCUACAUCCGGCAGGGCUCAGAGAUCGUACCGGUAGGGGAAGCUCUGCUGGAGAACCCCAAGAUGGUCCUCCACAUCCCCCAGAGGGCCCGGAGCUCCAUGUCUGAGGGGGUGAGGAACCUGCUGCAGGACAUGCUGGCAGUCAACCCUCAGGACCGACCAGACGCUUUCCAGCUGGAGAUGCGGAUGGACCAAGUCACGUGUGCGGCGUGACGGACUCCUUCACCCCCACACUCCCCACCCUAUCUUUUUGUUUUUUACCCCAAGCAGUCCAAGAAGGAACCCUUUCUUUUCCAGCAGGUUCCUCCGUGCGGUUGUGGACUCUGAGGAAAAAGGGACUCCAGUGAAAUGAACUGUGAAGAUGCUGAACCUGCACAUUAUUCCAGACAUCAACCGGACUGCAGCAAAGCCCCCCCCCUUCAGCGACUGUGUGUGGGCGGGGCCUCGGUGCUGCUGAUGUUUUGGUUUUGACCCGCUCUUCCUUCCGUGUGCAUGUACUCCACUGUGAUUGGUGCAGACUGAACUGCACCACUGCAUGGCUGCCUGUCUGUGCCCCCCAACGCCUCGUGCCUUAACCCCCCCCCCCCCCCCCCCAACACACACCAAGUGCGAUCGGGUCCUUCUGUGAAAGGGUUCUGUUGGUCAUGGAAAGGAUGCGUGAACUGUGCAGAACCCAGAAAAAGUCCCUUCUGUCUUUAGCUUUGAAUAUGCACCUUUUCAUGGAGCGGCCAUGAUGUCACAGAGAAUGUUUGAGCCCCCACUGUCCUCACAGACACACAACAGCAUCGGCUUCUGUGGAAGCACGUAGUUUACCGUUGGGUGCCAUAUUUCAGUGGUGGGGGUGACUUGAACAGGUCUAAUUUCUGGAGGUUAGAACUUAAACCUGACCCCCCCACCCCCCAACCAAACAAUGUGAGCGUGUGGACCAGUCCUGCUGGACGUUCGUUCCUGCUGAUUCCAAAGAGUGCUUGUAGAACCGUGAGCGAGCGAGUGGUCGUCACGGAAGAGCGACGACGGCAGAGCAGUUUAGGUGCUUUGAAUGUUUACCCAGGUUUGAGGUCAAGCCCAUGACCUUUUAGAAGCUGCAGCCAUCAGGAGACCCUAGAGCGUCAUGCUGCUGGUUGGGCUCAGGGUUAGCAGAGAAGCAGGUGGUGCAGCUGCACCACACCACAGCAGGAUUGACACAGGAAAUGAAGAGGUUGACCAUCUGGAAAUCAGCCACCGUCUGCCUCCUCUUCCCUCCUUCUUCACUGCCGUACUCUGAGCUGUUCAGUGCUGAGACGUCUGUAAAGUCAAAUUCUGGGCUGAAAAACCUCCCAGGAAAAAGGCAGAAUGGAGGGGUUGAGGUAGUUUUCUGGUGCUUCAGCCCAGACUUUGGUUUUGUCAGCUCCUCAGGGUAGUAGCUGUAGAUUUAGAGGCGUGUUUGUUUGCUCUGCACUCGCACAUCUUUAGAAAGUUUCCUCCUAGUUUCUGAUAGCAGGAGCCCUUCACCCAGACGGGAAAGACUCUUACCUCAGGCCCCGUCUUGGUUUAAACAAACCUCGAACAGCCAUAGCUUUUCGUUUUGGGUGUUAAAGCUUGAUGUCUGCUUUUUUCAUUGACGCGUGCAGUGUCCUCUCCUUUAACUGUCGCAUCCAGCCAGACCCCCGAGGGUGUCCAAAGCCGGGAGCUUCUCACUUUUCGUUUUUGAUGCCAUCCGGUGGCACAAAGACUGAGUUGCAACAAAUGGAAUAGCCUCCAUCUGCCACCAGAACAUAGGGCUGCUGUCCAGAACAGACUCAGUUCUUCAACUCAAAUGCUUGUUUGCUUUUUCAAAAAGAUGAUGCAAUAUUUAAUUUUGUGCAAUUCUUGACAAGGGAAAGAAAGUCUUGAAAAUGAAAACCUUUAAAAAGUCUCUUUGACUGUAUUCCUUUAGAUGUUUCUUUAUUAUUUCAAAGGGUGAAUUGGUGACAUUUUUCACAGACAGACGGGUUUUCUCAUGUUUGGAAGCUUCUGAAAAAGCUGCUGUUUGACAAUCGGUCUGUUUCAGUUCAAGUUGGACCAAACGCGUUAAACGAAGUUGACUUGAAGGUUCACGACGGUUGCCUCCCUUCUGAAUUCAGCCAAAGCUUGGGAGGGAAAAGGUUGAGCUGCAGAUGCUGGCUGCUGCCGGCCGGCCUUUCAAAUGUGAUGGUGUGCUCUCAGGAGAAGCUGUUCUCCUUCAGGAUGUGCUCAGCGCUGCUUCUGUCUUCCCCACCUGCAGAAAGCUCCCCUUAGAUCACUCUCACUCCACGCUUCCCCUCCUGCUGUGUUUCUAGGAGCCAGUUGAUGUAGCUGUUGUCAGUCUGUCGAUGUUUCCACUUGAACACUUUAUGCAACAGAAGGUUCACGCUUCACCGUGAGCGCUGCACAGAACCACAGCAUUCUUUCUCCACUCGUUGGCAUUUCUUUGACUCUUCGUGCAUAAUUCCAGUGUGGACAGAAAUGUCUUUCUGUAAAUGUUUUUGUUCUUAAAGCUGACGGGAGCCAGUCGAUGUUUGACAAGCAUCAACUUUACUGUAAAUAUGUUUGACAACUUUUCUUGGAAUAAAUGAAAAAAAGAAAAAAAA